GCUGCAUCUGUAUAUUAUCCUGUACACACCAAGUAGAUAUUGCCUCUAUUUUUCGACGCUAUUGAUUUCAGAGGCAUUCACUCUUCAUCCACCACUCUAUCCGUUACCAUGUCAGACAAGGCUAAAUUCGAGGAGUUAUCGCUCCAAUUCAACAAGCUCCAGCAAGACUUGAACGAUUUCAUUACCAGCCGCCAGAAGUUGGAGACCCAGUUCCAGGAGAACAAGAUUGUCCAGCAGGAGUUUGAGCUCUUGGAGGAUGGCGCCAAGAUUUUCAAGUUAACCGGGCCGGUGUUGUUACCGCAGGACCAGGAAGAGGCCAAGAUGAAUGUUGAAAAGAGAAUCGAGUUCAUCAAGGGCGAAAUCGAACGGGUUGAGAAGAAGGUGGAGACCACCCAGAACGACAUCGAAAAUACCAGAAACGAGAUUUUGGUGUUGAGAUCCAAACUCCAGCCAGGUGCAUAA